ACCCCUCCGGCAACGGGGCCCGGACACAACAGCCCCCCGACAGGACCCCCCGGACCCACUCGGGGAGGAGGAGGAGGAGGAAGAAAGGAGAGGAGAGGAGAGGAGGCCUCCUCCUCGCUUUGGGGGUCAGAGGUCACCCCGGCGGGCUCUCACCGCCCUCGGGGGGCCACCGGGCCCCCCACCCCGACACAUCCCGCUCCGACCAGCUUCGGGGAAUGUGUUCGCGGUGAGCACGUCCGUGGCGGCGGCGGCGGUGGCGGCGGCAGCAGCGGCCUUCUGGUUCCCCCCGGCUCUCUACGCCAUGGUCACGUACAGCAAAUUCCCCGCCAUAGGGAUGAGCCACCGUCUGGACUCAGGCCUACGCCUCAAGACCUUCAGCUCCAAAAGAGAGUACCAGCUGGUGAUGAACGCCGUGCACAAACUCCAGCAGUGCGGGUUCUACUGGAGCACGGUGACCGGGGGCGAAGCCAACCUGCUCCUGAGCGCCGAGCCGGCCGGGACCUUCCUUAUCCGCGACAGCUCAGACCAGCGUCACUUCUUCACGCUCAGCGUCAAGACCCAAGCCGGAACCAAAAACCUGCGCAUCCAGUGCGAGGGGGGCUGCUUCUCCUUGCAGAGCGACCCCCGCAACACGCAGCCCAUACCCCGCUUUGACUGCGUCCUCAAACUGGUCCACCACUACAUGCCGCCAUCCUCCUCCUCCUCCUCCUCCUCCUCCAGCCCCCCAAAGACGCCACCCCAGAAACGCACCUACUACAUUUACUCGGGCGGGGAGAAGAUUCCCCUCGUGCUCAAUCGCCCGUUGGCCUCCAAUGUGGCCAGUCUCCAGCACCUGUGUCGCAAGACGGUCAACGGUCACUUGGAAUCCUACGAGAAGGUGGCCCAGUUGCCAGGGCCCAUCAAGGAGUUUUUGGACCAGUACGACGCCCCGCUUUAAGAGACGGGGCGGGAGGGGGCGGGGAGGGGGUGUCCCCCGUCUCCCCCCGCACAAGGCACAAGCACAAGAAUCCAGCCCGUCUCCGGUUCUUCUCCGCCUGCCCUGCACAAGGGGAGUCAGGAGAGACCUCCCUCCUCCUCCCCCCGAAUCCUCUCCCGCCCCCGCCGUGACGUGGAGCGGUCUGGAAGAAGAAAGUAUCCGUGGUCCCCAUCCAGCUUCUCUGGAGGAGUCGCCGGGCCUGGUGGGACGGAUUUGGAAAAUGAGGGUCUCCGAGAAGAAGGAGGGGGGCCGUGAACUGUCGGCAGUCGAUGCGGGGAGGGACGCCCCCUCCCCACCCACACCCUCAUCCUAGAGACUCUUUUUUAAAAGUGUUCAGUUCGAAACUUCUCCGCUCCCCCCACCCCGGGUGGUCGAAGAUAGGCCCCUCUCCCCGUGGGACCCCUUCCACGCUGGGGGAGGGCGAAACGGAUCCGGGAUGGGGGGGGGGGAUUCACCAGAAAGGAGAAGUUCCCACACGAGCACUAGGAUCCAGCUAGUGCCUGAAAGUAAACACAGCU